UGCUGCACCUGCAGAGCGGUUGCUGCCCGUUAGUGUCUCCCCAUCCAGGACAUGGCAGGGGCUGGUCAUGGUGCGGAGCAGGACAGGGUGUGCCAUGAGAUCUCCAGAGCGUGAUCUUGCCUCACCAGUCCCCUCAGGAAACACGCUAAUUUAUGGUAUAAUCUUGGCAAAUCCCAAUCCAGGGGAACACAAACUCGCUUGUGCCUAGUAAAUGACUCUUUAACGGGCCUGUCUCCAGCCGGGCAAUGUAUCUGCAUCUGAAGAAGGGGGAAUUAUAACCUUGCCCAAGCAGCGGCCCUGCGUGUGUCAGCGGGGGUGAGUAUGGCCUGGGCAUGGUGACAGAACUGUGUGGAGGAGCCUGCCUUGAUCACAACCUGGUGAGAGGAGGGGAUUCUCACAGCCCACCUCAGACCUGGCUCAGGAAAGGAGGGGUUUUUCCAGCGCAGGAAGGGAGCGCUGAGCACAUGUGUAGGAGCUCUCUGAGUGAACCAACAUUCGUCUGCUGUGAGGCUGUUCUACGCUGUGGAACGCUGCACCUGAAGCAGAUGGGUCCCUGCCUCUCCCCUGACACCUCAUCCAGGAGCAAGGUCAUGCCAGGCUCUUUCUGCAGCCAGGGCUGGGUUGGGGUUGGGCUGAGCUUGCAGGUGGGUUUCCAGGGAGCAUGUCCGGCCCUAGGGAAGCCAGACCACCCUUUGGAGGGGCUGCAGAGGGCAGUCAGGGACUUGGCUGCUGACGUGGGCAGCCUGGUUGAGGGCCUGACACUGCACGGCGAUUUGGUGUGGGAAGCUGGCAAAGGGGUCUCACAGGGGCUGGAGGAGUCACUUGCCCUCUCCUGCGACAGCCCGCUUGGCAUCAGCCUUCCAGGGUCAGGAGCCGUGCCUGCCCUCAGUGUGGCUGUCAGGCACUGUGGCACGCGUGGCGACCUCGCAGUGUGGCUGCUGGCCUUGUGUCUGCCCCAGCCCUGCGCCUCCAGGCUGAGCCACGCUGUGGCCACACUGAGCUUCGCCUUUCACUGCGCCCGGCCCUUGCCCAAGCCUGUGGCUUGCCUGGCCAGAGAGCAGGAGCAGCCUCCAGCUCAGGGCCAGUGCGGGACUGGGCCUCUCCCGUGCUGGGCUCCUGCCUGCAGAGGCUGGAGGGAAGAUCCUGCCCUCGCUCCUGCUCGCCGUGACAUGCGUGCCUGGGGACGUCCUCGCUCGCCAGGUCCCCUGGCCACUGGUGCUGGAGCCUGGUUACCCUGGGACUGGGAGUUUAUAUUUAGCAUUGCUAAUGGAGCAAUGGGCUGUCCCAGUCCCCCGCCCCAGCAGGAAGGGUUCGUACAGGGAUGUCCUAAUGAGACCAGACCAACUUCCUAUUCGUUCCUAAAAGGAGCAGUCUAA